AUAAAUUCUCGCCAUCUUCUUCACUCCGCUGCACUCCAUAGCUCUAAACCUCAACCCACAACCAAACGCGCUGUCGUUCAUCAUGGCAACCAUGGCUACAACUCUCACUUCUCUCUCAACAAAAUCCCAAAAACUCUCCCCUUUUGACACCUCCUCUUCCUUCCAUGGCACUCCCAUCUCAAAACCAACACUUCGUAUGCAGCCCACAAAAUCAUCAUCGUCACCAAACGUUUCCAUCUCCAUGUCAUCUCCACCGUAUGAUCUGAAUGCUUUCAAGUUUGAACCUAUCAAAGAGUCUAUAGUGUCAAGAGAAAUGACAAGAAGGUACAUGAUGGACAUGAUAACUCAUGCAGACACUGAUGUUGUUAUUGUUGGUGCUGGCUCUGCCGGGUUAUCUUGUGCUUAUGAGCUUAGCAAGAACCCUUCUGUCAAAAUUGCCAUUGUUGAACAAUCUGUUAGCCCUGGUGGUGGUGCUUGGCUUGGUGGUCAGCUCUUCUCUGCCAUGGUUGUACGCAAACCAGCUCAUCUCUUCCUUAAUGAGCUCGGUAUUGAGUAUGAUGAGCAAGAAGACUAUGUAGUAAUCAAGCAUGCAGCCCUUUUCACCUCCACAAUCAUGAGCAAACUCCUUGCCCGUCCAAAUGUUAAGCUUUUCAAUGCUGUGGCUGCAGAGGACUUGAUAGUGAAGGAAGGAAGAGUGGGUGGAGUGGUCACUAAUUGGGCUCUUGUGUCAAUGAACCAUGACACACAAUCUUGUAUGGACCCUAAUGUGAUGGAGGCCAAGGUGGUUGUGAGUUCUUGUGGCCAUGAUGGACCAUUUGGUGCUACUGGGGUCAAGAGGCUUAAGAGCAUUGGCAUGAUUGAUAGUGUGCCAGGAAUGAAGGCUCUUGACAUGAACGCUGCUGAAGAUGCCAUUGUGAAGCUUACUAGGGAAGUUGUGCCUGGAAUGAUUGUUACUGGCAUGGAAGUUGCUGAGAUUGAUGGCUCUCCGAGAAUGGGACCAACAUUUGGGGCAAUGAUGAUAUCAGGGCAGAAGGCAGCUCACCUUGCCUUGAAGUCACUCGGGAUGCCCAAUGCACUGGAUGGAACAUUUGUGGGAGGCAUUCAUCCAGAGCUGAUCCUGGCUGCUGUUGAAUCUGCUGAAAUUGCAGAGACUUGAGUGGUAGCAAAGCAAUAGACUCAAAUAUGUCAGAUAAAUAAAAGGCAGUAGAAAUGAGUUCGAGGGGUUUCCCAGUUGAUGUGGUCAUGGUAGGUUUUAGUUAAUAAUCUUGGUGUCUGUUCCUUUCGUUUAAGACUCUGUUGGCACUCGGCAGUUGAAAUAAUUUAGUUCAUGCUGCUUUCGGACCUUGUUGGCUGGCCUAUCUGUCAAUUCUCUCGGCUGAAUAUAGAGGGUUUGAUUUGCAUA